UUGCUGAUUGGCGGCGACGUCAUCGGCCGGCGCCGGCUCGGGAGCGGGAGCGGAGCGCCGCGGAGCGGGGCGGCGCGAGGGCUGGGGCCGCAGCCCGUCCUCGCCAUGUCCUCGGAGCGGCGGCCGGGCGCGGGCCGCGGCGGCGGCGAGGGCAUCAAGUUAUCAGCAGAGGUCAAACCGUUUGUUCCCAAACAUGCGGCGGUAACUGUGGCAUGGUCAGAACCCUCAGCAACAUGUGUCUUUCCUAGGUACUUAACUACAUGCUACCCAUUUGUUCAGGAACCAGCUUUGGAUAACAUUGUGGGAGAUCCUACGCUCGGUGAAUACUCCAGCUGCUCUUAUUCGCCUGAUGUUUCAAGUGUAUAUCCAGUACCAAGCUCACAAUAUCAUUCUAACAACUCUACAUACUAUAAUAGUUCUGGAAGAGUCAGUGAAUCUGCUGAACGAACAUAUCCAGUCAGACCAGAAAGUAGGAACGUUUCAAAGAGGAGGUCGAAAGAGGGUGAGAAAAAAUUAGACAAGAAAAGGCAUGAUGGAGAUGACUCUUCCGGCAGAAUUGUGAACAGGACUUCUUUCCAGACCUCUGCAUGCAGCAGAGAUUCCAUGAAACCAGACAGGUUCAAUAAAGUGACAAACAAGAAGUCAACACAAACUCCAAAAAGAGAGAGUCUUCCUGUACCUGCUGUGGAAGCUCCUGCUUUGGAUUUCUCCAAGUCACAGAGUUUGGGAAGCAGUGAGGUAUUGGAUGUACAGUGUAGAAGCAGAUCAGUAUGUUCAGCGGAAAAUAAUGUUACGUGCCUUAGUCAACCACUGAAGACACAGAUGUCUCCUUUGUUCAACACAGAGGAAGAUGUUUCUAUGCAAAGCAAAGCUCCAUCAAAAACUUUAGAUGAAACAGUAGCCAGCUUAAUUCCCUCUUCAUUUGAUGGUAGAGCGCUUCCUCAAACAUCCGCAGAUGGUUCUGCUCAGGCACAUGUGUCUUGGGCCAUGGUUCUUUCACAGCCUCCAAAGAAAACUGUGUCAUCACCAGCAUCUGAAGGUCUUUCCAGAAGCAAAGGGAAGCAGGAUAGUCAGGGAAAGUCAGAAACAAGAAAUGAUGCCAGUGAAACUGAGCCUGAAGAAGGGUCGGAAAAGAAGAAAAAGAAGAAGAAAAAGAAAAAGAAACCUAAAUCAUCCACUGAAGUAGAGAAGCCUCAAAAUGAAACUACUACAGUACAGGAACCACCAAGGAUUGAGGAUGCUGAAGAAUUUCCUGAUCUGGCAGCUGCUUCUGAUAGGAGAAACAGACUAGGAUCUCAGAAGUCAUCAUUUUCUCCUGCUGUCAGAAAGCAGUCUGAAGUCGAUCUGCCCGAAGAGUCCUGUGAUAGUCGUUCUCCCAAGCUGGAUGGAAUGCCCAAGGUGGAUGGAAUAUCAGGGAAGCAAACUACAUCUGUUGCAUUAGAAAGAAAGAAAAUGCAGGAAACAUCCAAGAGCAGUGGUAAGAAGAGUCAAAUUCCUGUGCAGUUGGAUUUGGGUGGCAUGUUGGCAGUCUUGGAGCAGAAGCAGCAAACAGGGAAGUCAAAACAGUCUUCUAAACCUGUGGUGUUUUCAGUUGGUGGUGCCAUACCAUUGCUUUCUAAAGAACCUGCUGCAGCAACAAAAAAUCACCGGUUAAACCAAGGAAAGAUGCCUCAUAACCCUUUGGAUUCCAGCGCUCCUUUGGUAAAGAAAGGGAAGCAGAGAGAAGUCCCUAAAGCAAAGAGACCAACACCUCUUAAAAAGAUUAUUUUAAAAGAAAGAGAACAACGAAAACAGCAGCACCUGUUAGAACAGACAGCAAUACCAAAAGAUGGUGAUAACAUUUGUCAGACUGUAGAAAAUACUACUGAAGAUGAAGCACUUCCACAGGAUAGCGAAGCAGCUGUUCCUGUAAUGCAAGUUGCUGUGGCUCAGAGUAACUUUGAAGGGCUGCCGGAGGGCCAAGGAAUCAAGGAUUCUACAGAAAGCUCUACAGCUUCAAAGCAGCUAAACUCCAGUCUUCCAAAAAUCCACAGUAGGAGAUUUAGAGAUUAUUGCAGCCAGGUGCUUAGUAAAGAAGUUGACAGUUGUGUGACAGAUCUCUUAAAAGAACUGGUUCGUUUCCAAGAUCGCUUGUAUCAGAAAGACCCAGUAAAGGCCAAGAUAAAACGUCGGCUUGUUAUGGGACUUAGAGAAGUUUUGAAACAUCUGAGGCUGAAAAAGCUGAAGUGUGUCAUCAUCUCUCCUAACUGUGAAAAGAUUCAGUCAAAGGGUGGGUUGGAUGAGACCCUACACAACAUUAUCGACUGUGCCUGUGAACAAAAUAUCCCGUUUGUCUUUGCCCUUAAUCGCAAGGCUCUAGGCCGCUGUGUGAAUAAAGCAGUGCCUGUGAGUGUGGUGGGAAUUUUUAGCUAUGAUGGGGCUCAGGACCAUUUUCACAGAAUGGUACAGCUGACCACAGAGGCCAGGAAGGCAUACAAAGAUAUGAUAGCAGCUUUAGAGGAAGAAGCUGAAGGAGGACUAAGUGAAAAACCCUCCAGCAUCUUAACUACUGAAUACGGAAAAAGUGGCUUAUCAGAAACCAGUAAAACAUCUUCCAGAGACUCUGAUGAGGAUGUACCAAAUUAUAUUAAAAUCUGGAAAAAAAAGCUUGAAGAGGAGUAUAACCCAUAUGCCCUGGAACUGGAAAAGAGUGCAACCACUGACAUGCUGGCGUUGAAUUCAGAAGAGCAGCAGUAAAUCCAGAUUCAAUUCUGUGGGGCUUUAAGGUUUUUGUUUUUCCUUCUUUUUUUCUUUUUUUUUUUUAAUAGACCUGUAAAUACUGAAUUAUCUAAAAUUAAAGAUCCAGGUAGGAAGAGGGCAUAGCAAAUUAAGAUAAUUUAAGAAAUGUCUGAAGUCAGCUAAGUAAAAUGUUCUGACUCCCUUUAAGCAAAAUGCACACUGGAGCACAUGAAGCACUAACUAAUUCUUAGGUUUCUGUGUACUUGGCUGAUUACUAUAGCAGACUGUAAUAGUAAACAAAUUGUCUUAACCCAGAACCACUUGAACUGGCAUGGUUGCUUUAAUGCUUUGAGGGACUUAGUAUUGAUUUGUUAGUGGUACCAUAUGCCAAAAGAACUUGCUAGAAAGAUGGUUUUUCUUUGGGAAAGAGAUGCUAAGAGUCAGAAGUUUGGGUCUUGGGUGAUUUGUUUUCUAUUUUUAAGGGUUUUUUUGUUUGUUUUUUGUUUGUUUGGGUUUUUUUGACAUAAAGCUGCUAAGGUGGACAGGCUGGCAUCAGUGUCACUGUCUUCCAGUAGGCAAGAAAUGCAUUUUAGGCAGACGGCUUGACUGAAACUCAUUAAGGAAAACCAUGAUGACAGAAGUCAUAGUUAGCUCUUUCCCUGUGAUACUUUGUUCUUCUGGGGCAUCAUACAGCAGGUGUAAGGGAGACAGCACAGACCUCAAAGGUCUGAGAUUUCUGAACUCAAAAAGCUCUGUUUAGGAAUUUUAUGAAGCUGACAAGGUGAACAAUGAGGAUGUUUCUGCUCCCUGAUGCUAUUAAGACAAGUUUACUAUAGUCUUGCCUUAAAGUUAGAGGAUGUUGAAGGUCAGGAAACAGGCCAGCCUGUUCUCUCUGCAUCUCCACUCCUGCAGACUCCUCUUUGGUUCAGUUUGGGGUUCUGUCAUUGUAUAAAUGUGAGAGUUUUUAGUCAAUCUUGGUUUGCAUCUAAGCUAGGGAAAUUUUAUAUCUAUCUUACAUAGGACAGAAACUUUGUAAAAUUAAACAAACAAGUACGCACAUAAUGGUGGUAGAGCAUAUUAGGGGGAAUUCCCUAUAUAAAUGCCAUUGUUUACAGCUUGCAGACAUCAGAUGACAAGCCUAGAGAAGUCCCUUUUCUGCAGUGGAGGAUACAUAUGUAAGUUCUGUCAAGCAUGCUGAAAGAUGAUAUUGAUGUCAGGUGCUACAGCCAGCAUCUCUGAAGUAUGUUUGUAAAUGCUUUACCACAUGUACCAGUUGUAGUGCAAUACUUCAGAAAGUAGCUGCCCUGUGAAGCUGAAGGUGAGAUUAUAUAUAUAUAUAUAUAUAUAUACACACACACAAAACCUAUAAAUAAUUUCAAAGUUCAAACAAUUUUGUAGAAUGUAAGAUGUAUAAAUAAUCUGCUAUAAUAUAUUGAUUCUAUAAAGUA